AUGCGCAACACGGCGCUACUCGCCACCCUUUGUAUUGCCGUUUUGGUGACUACCACGCAACCGCACCAGGGCUUCUGUGCGGCGGCAAUGCCAAAUAAGGCGAGCGUUGAACUUAAAACACAGCAGGCGAGAUUCGACUGUGUGCACUAUGAUCUGCAAGGCUCCCAACUACAAAAGCAGCGCCCGAACGAGCAGGCCCACGAUUCUGCAGCGCCCCUGCGGCCUCCACGCAUGACAGAACUGAGUCCAGGAAAAAAGAUUAUUUUAGGACAAACCACACAAAACGACAUUACGUUUACUAAAACGCAUGAUCUGACUGCCACGAUUAGCGACACGCGUGAGGUGACUGCCACGCCCAGUCUGACGGCCACGAUUAGCGACACGCGUGAGGUGACUGCCACGCCCAGUCUGACGGCCACGAUUAGCGACACGCGUGAGGUGACUGCCACGCCCAGUCUGACGGCCACGAUUAGCGACACGCGUGAGGUGACUGUCACGCCGAGCGUGAGUGUGGUAUUGACAGCGACGCGAAGCGAUCCGCUGAUGGUGACGCCUACGUUAACCCUUUCUGGGGAAUCGACGAAAACCCUGGCACUGAGUCAUACGGUUUCGAAGCUGGUUUCACAGACAGUGUCACACACAGGAGAAGUUCCAAGUGUGAGUGUUUCUGAAACAGUUGCUGUUGUGUCUAUGACGGCUGAAGAGACGCUGACGUCUACUGUCUCCCUUGUUCCAACAGAAGCAGAAACGGCUUCGGUUUCUUUAUCGUUGUCAGGGACGCCUUCGAUUGUGGUUUGUCCGGACGCAGUGCCGUCAUCAAGUGCCCUAAAUGUACCAGCUACGUUGGCGAGCGUGCGUGAUGGGUUCCGCGUAAUGGCACGGGUUGAUGGUAAGAUUAUGACUUCUCUCUUGGUUAGUGGGGAUGAUGAGACUGUAGGGGGUGAGCUGCAAGAAGGUGUUAAUGUUAGUAAUGUCUUGGUAACGUGCACGGACCGAGAUGUGGGGAGGGUGAGUCGCAGGGGUUGUAGGUACUUUCUGUCGACACUGCAGAGAACGGUGCGACUUAGUCGAUAUGAUGAUGGUACCUUUGAAGUAGUGUGGCCGCCUCUUCCUGGUUAUUAUAUUAGUCUGCCUGAGUUUUUGAAUAUUGGUGUUCCUGUAGAGGAGGCGUUGGGGUGUCAUGUGGCGCGAGCUUCGCUGCAGCUACGUGGAGAACCGCCGCUGUCGCCACAAAUGAAUGCAGAGGUGGCGGCUGAGGAAUUGCCGUUCUAUCCACUUAUGGCUAUUGCUGUUGAUCCGAUGGAGCAGCCGGCCUUUGUGAGCGUUUCGGGACAAGUUGGUACGGUUGUGGGGAUGCUCUCACUAUUGGGCGCACCAUUUGGUGUGGUGGGACUCAACUACGUCACGGUCCUUAGUAUGAUGCCGUGCACUCCGGACGCAACGCGACGAAUUUUGUCAAGCUUCCGCAGUCUCUCGCUGACAACUAUUGAGGACUCGUUCUUUGGCGUGCUUGUGGGUAACCUCAUCCUUGGCGUCGCGGUGCUGCUGGUGCACACGCUGGUGAUGGUAGUGGCGAAGUUGAUGAGGCAUUUGAUACUCUCGGUAGCAGCUUCGCGCUGCUGGUACCCCGGCUUCUCGCUGUUGGUGCUUGUCAACCUCUACGUGGGAACCAGCUUUGCAUCGAUGCAGGGCUUCUCCUCUAAUGAUGGCUCGACGCUGGCGCUUAGCGUCGUCAUGUUUGUCGUGUUCGUCUGCGGCACCCCAGUGGCGCUCGUUGUGUGCAUGAUAAAGGUAAAGUCAACAUUCUACCCCAUCAGGACAGUGCCAGCGGCGCCGCGUAGAAAAGACGGCCGGUGCUUGGCAGUGGUUGCUAAUACCUGGAUGGUACGCGUGCGUGGUAUUUGGCUGCCAAGCGCAGUGACGAAUCGCUUCGUUGUGCUGCUGAUGAAUCUGCAGAGAGACCGCGCCACGUGGGUGACUCUGUGGCUGUGGGCGCCUCUUGUCGUCGCCGUGAUCGCCGCAUUCCCAGUCAUCUCGGCGGCUGGCUGCAUUGCCGCAAACGCUGCGCUCACAUUGGGCCAUUUGAUACUAUUCAUCCUUGUGGUGGUGUUUCGCCCGCUCAUCUCGCCCCUUGACAACGGUUAUUACCUCACCGUGAUGCUGGUGAGCAUGUGCAUCCUCGCUUGCAACAUUGCCCUGCUGCUGCAGCCUGAUAACGCGAGUGCAUUGGCGGCGGUGUGUGGAGCGGCGAUUGUCGCGGUUCUCAUGUUCAUUGUGUUCGUCAUUCUGAAAGUUGUGCAGUUAAUUGUGUUCUGUGGGAAGAAGUGGUUGGAUGCGGACGUGCGCAGCACACCACCCAGACGCCACGGGGUACUCAACCAAAGCGCAUCGCUGGGUGCGUCCCCCGAUCAGCAGCAGCAGCAGCAGCAGCAAGGGGAGGAGGAGGUGGAGGUGGAGCUCGGCGAGACAGGAGAACCCCUCCCGUUGAGAGUACGUCCAGUGAUGGCGCCGCGGGUGCGCACUAUGGUGGGGCGCGUCGUUGAUGUGCGGCCAGACGAGCGCAUUCUCCCCGGGCAGCAGCUGCCCCAGCGCCUCGUGGACGGUCUCAUGACUGACAAUGCCACCGCCGCCGGCGAGCUCGCGGGGCCGCCGGUGUUGCCGCUGCAAGAGAGGCCAUCCAGCCUUCUUCACCGCUCCCAAAGGGGCAGCUGGCCAUCACUCGACUCCAUCUCAUUCGUGACGCUCGAUGCUGAGAAUGCGGACGCCUCGCGUCGCGACGACACGGAUGAGGGCUCACGAUAA